UUUUUUUGUUAAAACAAUCCGCGCCACGUGACGUCUCACGCCACGACCACCGCCGCGUCCGUGCGAGUGAACUUCCUCGAUCGACAAACUGACGCGCCGUCGUUCAUCCUUCGGCGGGGAGCUGCGGUGGCCGAUGGAGACCGCCGCCGCCGCUUUAACCGCAGCGGUGGUUGCCAAGACUGAAGAAUCUAUGGAGCUAAAAAGUGGCGAGUUCAGCAUUCCGGAGGUGCAGGGCGACCUCUUCUCGUGCCCGCCCAACGAAGCGCUCGCCCACUGCAUCAGCGCCGACUGCCGCAUGGGUGCCGGCAUCGCCAAGAUCUUCAAGGCAAAAUUUAGCGGCACUCAGGAGCUGCUGACCCAGGCCAAGAAGGUUGGAGAAGUGGCAGUGUUGGAGCGGAAUGGGAGAUUCAUUUACUACUUGGUGACCAAAAUGAAAGCCUUCAACAAGCCGACGUACCCGGAUCUGGAGAGCAGCCUGCGCGCCAUGAGGCACCAUUGCACAUCUCACGGCGUCACGGCUGUCUCCUUGCCCAGGAUUGGCUGUGGCUUGGACAAGCUGCAGUGGGACAGGGUGAAGUGGAUAAUGGAAAAAGUGUUCAGGGACAGUGGCAUCAAGCUCACAGUCUACUACCUCUGACUGGGGCAACGAGCAGGCAGAAUCAAGCGAACUCUUGUGUGUGUGUGUGUCUGUGUGUGUGUCUGUGUGUGUGUGUGUCUGUGUGUGAGCAUGGCGAGGGGAGCAGUGGCCGUUAGUGGCUUGCACGCUGUGCUGCUACGGAUCCUCACCCUGCCUAACAUCACUGGGGAUUCUCUAAAACGGGUCCUGGAUCUCCUCGAAGUCGACUCAGCCUUAAAUGAGUAGUGCAGUAUAUGGACGUCAGCACACUGGGGAGACAACAGUGGCUGGGCAUGGUGCUCCCCAACAGCACUUGCCCCAACCAGUUCCGUUGAACACUACACGGGGGAUAUUUGUCUUUGUGUGGUGGCAUGGUGGUUAGCGCACUGCACUAUGAACCGAGUGACCUGCGUUCGAUUCCCAGGAACGGCUGCCAUCAGUGACGAGUUUCAUCUAAUGUCCACCCCUAUACUUGGUCUGCACCAGGUAGCCUCACUCUUAAAUGAGUACCUGGCGCAGUGUGUGAUUGUCAACAAUCGGGAGGAAAAAAGCAGUCGGGCACGCUGCAAAUCACACCCCACCCCCUCUUGUUCUCGACUGGCCUUAAUAAGUACUCACUACAGGUGUAUAAUGCUAAACGGGGGAUAUAUGUUGCUGCAUGUGAUGGACACGGAGAACACUCUCAUACAACACACAGGCCGUGUUUUGAAUUAUGUUGCAAGUUUCAGCUGUGGGAGAUGCAAAAAAACCCGGUCAUAUAUUAUUAUAUGAAGUAAAAGUUAUAUUAUUUAUAGUUAACCAAAUCGUGCUUUUCUCGCUGUAGCCUUCCAUGAAGCCCGGUUCACCACAGUGAGCUAUUUGCUGCUUGAGCUUGGUGCCUCAGGGCCAUCUGGAGGAGUCUGCAGAAGUCGACACAUUUAACGAGCCAUGCAUUGGC